AUGGCACCCCAAGAUUCUUUCAUAGAAGAAGAAGAAGAUGUCUGUCCUCUUUGCAUCGAAGAAUUUGAUUUGUCAGAUCGAAACUUUCGACCUUGCCCGUGUGGCUACCAGGUCUGUCAGUUUUGUUUCAAUAACAUCAAGAACAAUAUGAACGGCCUAUGUCCUGCGUGUCGACGACCUUACGAUGAAAAAACCAUACAGUGGAAAGUCGUGACGACAGAAGAAGUUGCCGAGUUCCGUGCCAAUAUACAAAAGAACCAAAGAAAGCGAGUUCAAGAACAACGUCAAAAGGAGGCUCAGAAGCGCGAGGCCGAGAAAGAGAAUCGCAAGAACCUUAUUGGAGUACGUGUCGUGCAGAAGAAUCUCGUUUAUAUUACAGGUCUGGCACCUACCGUUCGUGAAGAUGAACUCCUCAAGACCCUCAGAAAGCCCGAGUUCUUCGGUCAAUACGGAGCUAUCCAAAAGAUUUCAAUUAGUAAUCGAAAGAGCUCAGAUGGUCAACAUCAUUCGUUGGGCAUCUACGUCACUUUUGAAAAGCCCGAAGAAGCAACUCGAUGUAUCCAAGCAGUCCACGGGUCACAAAAUGGUGAUAGGAUAUUGAAAGCCCAGUAUGGAACGACGAAAUACUGUUCGGCAUGGCUCAAAAAUGAAAAAUGCAACAACCCAGGCUGCAUGUUUCUACACGAACAAGGUGAUGAAGAGGAUAGCUACACGCGCCAAGAUCUAUCGUCUAUGAACGGCAUCCACACACAAAGGCCGCUACCUAGCGGAAACAAUGGCUCUUUCCGUACAACCCCUCGGCAACAAGUCUCACAACCAACCUUAACACCCAUGUCACAGUCUAUGGCACGGUCUUCGAGCAAAGAUGGCUCGGAUUAUGGACUGGAUGGGUCUGCCUUGCCUUCAUCAGCCAACUGGGCGCGAAAUCCGCAGCGAAGCCGGAGAGGCAGCCAUGCAACCAGCGGCGCUCCAUCUAGUCCUGCUGCCUCAGCCUCCUUACCUACGACGACGGAGAUUGCCCAAGCAGCCGUGGAAGAUACUGAAACCUCCUCCUCUGCAUCUCAGCCUCUGGAAGAUGAUAAAGCGUCAAGUAAAGAUCCUACUGAAGAACUACAGGGACUACCACCAAAGAACUCGCUGGCGACCAUUCUGCAUGCGCUACAGAGCUGCACAUUUUCAAGCUUUGUUACCCCACAGGCGAAUGAACUAGACCCUCCGUUGUUCGAUAUCCGAGGUGGCGAAAAACGAAAAGCAAUGCGUGAGGAUGAUGACGCCCGAAUUAGCGGCGACCAGAAGAAUGCUGCAGAGGGCCAAGUCCCUUCGGAGAGCGAGGCAGAGACUGGUGGCAGCCUUGCUCUUGGUGGCGAACCAGAAGAGCGAGAUAUGGCUGGUGAUGGGCAAGCGUUUGAGCACCGACACAUCAACACAUUCCCCCCUAUCCAAAGAAGCAAUGCCGAUACUUUAUUCGGCCCUGCUCUCAGUGGCUCGAAUUUCAACCCUGGUACAAACCAAAUGGGGCGAGGCAUCAUCCCUCAGCAGCUGAUGUCACUUCGGCCUCAGUCAGGAUUCGGUGAACAAGUUCCUUCUAGUCUGUCCGGCCAGACUGCUUUUCCAAGUCAAGGUCAUAAUCGUCAAUCAUCUCGAUUUAGCUUUAUGGCUGAUAGCCCGCCAGCAGCAACCAAUCUCAAAUUUACCGCGAACCCUAGAGUAAUGGGCCAGCAGUCAUCAAUGUUGCCUGCCUCGUUACAAUCUUCGGGCAACAGCCACUUUUUCGGGAGCUCUAUGCCUGCCCCUCCACCUGGACUAAAGUCCACUAAUACGCCACCGAAUAUUUUCGGCCAAGGAUUUGGUGGUUCAGCAUUCGGCACUGCGACGAAAGACUCGUCCGGCGAUUUACUGCAGAGUUUAAUUGGCAGAAGCCGAGGCGGCGGUAACCAGCCUCAUGAUGGUGGAAAGCGUGAGUACAUGAUUUCUUCUUUUUCUAAUCAGUAUCCACCACCCUCAACCUCUACCCCUGCUCCUACUUCUGGCCUUUUGGCAUCGCUCUACGGUAACCACCCCGGAGCAUUCCAAGACUUUGGCUCGAAGCAGAAGAAGAAGGGGAAGAAGCAUAGACAUGCUAACACUUCCUCCUCGGGGGGGAGUGGUCUAGUGGAUCUUGCGGACCCGAGUAUACUGCAGGCGAGGAUGCAGCACCAAUCGCAAAGCAACACCGGAGUCAAUCAAGGAGUUUUUAGCGGUCAGAGCCAAGGUGGGUAUGUCCCGAAUAUGAUGUAUAAUUCCAGUUAUGCUCGGUGGUAG